UGCCAGAGUUCGGAGUGCGAAGCCGAGCUAGAGCUGACCCCCAGCAAGGAAGAUAUCGCCGGUCGCCGAGUGUGGUACGCCGUCACCCCAGACCUGGACGUGUACCCUCACAUCCUGUCGGAGACCCAGCUCGUCGGCUUCGUGGCGGUGUCGAACAACGGGACGCCGAUCUCGGAGUCGGUCUGCGAGGCGCUGGAGGCGGUGAGGCCAGGUUGCUUGUCGGUGCCCGACGCCGAGAAGCCGUCCAGGCGUAUGAAGGGGAAGACGUCCGUGAGGUCGUCUCCAGCAGCAGCAGCGGCAACUAGCGUGGUGGAGGAGCUCUACCCGGGGCUGCUUGUGGGUUCAGGUGCCUUGCCCGACGUCGGUAGACUCAGCUGGUUCACUCUGUCGGCCGAGGAUGCUACCCAGCUGCGCCAGGCCGUGAGGCACAAAGACUUCGACGGCUACCUGGUCGUGGAUAAGGUUGGCAUCGCGACACAGGGGACCGAGUGCCUGCUAGUCAAGGCCGUGGACCCUGCCGCCCCAGGCCCAGAGCUCGAGACGGACGCGCGGGUGCUGGACAUCAAGACGCGUCCGGACGGCAGUCGGCACCGGCACUUCACGGAGGCCGCGCGGGAGGUCACCACGACGGAGUGGCCCGAGUGGCCCAUCAUGGGCCCGAGGACUGCUUCCUGGUGCCUGGAGUUCUUGGCGCGCCAGGACCAGCACCCGCGCGCCCGUCACACGAAGUGGGUGCACGAGUGCCGGCUGGAGGCCGCGGACGAGGGCGUCGGGGAUCACGACCUCGCGAUGCGCAUGGCGGAGCUGGGCCUCAGCUUCGACCAGCUGAACCUCGGGGAGCUGGCCUCGUUCGAGCUGCUGAUGAGGAAGGCCCAGAUGGCCGAGUGGCGCCACCGCGACCGGCUCGCGGCUGCCCAGGGGGAUGACCUGAUGGAGGAGAGCUACCUCUAUCUCGGCACGGGCGAGACACGCGGGCUGGCGAUGGUGUCACCGGCCCUGGUCGACCACGUCAACCAGGAGAUGCAUCGCGGGGCUCAGAUCCUCAAGGAGCGCCGCAAGGCCAAGGAGGAGAGGCUGCUCUCGCGCGGUGGAGGCGGCGGCGGCGGCGGUGCAGGCCCAGGGGGAUCCAAGGCGGAGUUGCACAAGAAGAUCCAGCAACCGGCCGCCGAGUUGAAGAAGUUCCAGGACAAAGGCGCCGGCGGCCCCGCUGGGCUGCCGAGAGCGGUGCGCUCGAGAGCGCGCCGCCGCCUGCGCGUCGCGAACUGGAUCGCCGACGCGGCCGAGAGCUUGAACGCCUUGUGCGGUCGCGGUGCCCAUGCGGAGCUGUGCGGCCACCGGCCCGGCUACGACACCGAGCCCGAGCAUCCAGCCCAGUACCGGAGGGAGAUCCUCUCCCUGCCGGGGCCAGGCGCGCGCUGCGAUCCCAGCGACGUCUUGCGCGGCCUCGAGCACGAUCAGCGGGCACAUUGGGAGAGACAUUUGUUGCGCCGAACGCCUGCGCCAGAUCGCGAUAUCAAGCUGCACAUCGAUCGCAUCCUCAUGGCGGGCAGGCGGUGCCAUGCUCAGUUCAUCCUGGGCCUGCGCACCUCUAGCCUCAUCAGAGUCGGGGCUAAGCGCAGUGCCACGGUGGGCGUCUUCUGCGUUUGGAAGAGCGGACGGCAGCGCCUCCGGCUCAUCUUCGACACGCGUCGAGCUGACGUGGACAAUGCCUUUUACCGCGUGAAGCUCUCAGACAAGAUGGACGAACACUUCUCCUUGCCCAGUGUGCACCUGGGCGCGCUCCGACAGCUGGCCGAUGAGGCGGGGAUCAUCAUGGACCUGCCCGAGUCCCGCUUCGGCCCCCCCUCCUGCAGGCUGCUGGAGACCACCGCGCUGCGGUCAAGGAUCGACACUGGGCCUUUGAUCAAGACCACCUCCACUCAACCCGGCGUGUAUGUUGACAACGUGUGCAUUGUCGGCGGCGACGGCGACCGCUGUGUGGCUGACUGUAGCGCCGUCGUCGGCAAGCUGGAGGAGGUCGGCCUGAAGUGCAAGGGCGUGAUGGGGCCAGAGGACCUGCAGACCUUCACGGGGAUCACCUUCGAGAGACGCAGUGGCCGCAUUGGGGUCAGCGCGGCUCGGAUGUGGAGAGUUCGCCUCGCGCUGCUUUCCGUGGCAGACCGGCGCUCGGCCACUGGGGGUGAGAUCUUCAGCCUGCUCGGACACUUCACUUGGGCCGCCCUGCUGAGGCGGCCGCUUCUUGGUAUUUUUCAACAGACCUAUGUCUUCGCCCGGGUUGCCGGGCGCCGCCGGCUGCGGCUGUGGAGCCGCGUGGAGCUCGAGCUGCGGCAGGCGGCCGCGCUACUGGUCUUCGCCUUCUCCGAUUCAAAGAAGCCCAACAGCACCUUCGCGCGCGCUUCCGACGCAUCCAGGGGCCAAGCCGGCUCGGGGGGCGGCUACGGCGUGGUGCGCCAGACAUGGGCCAACGAGCUCGUGGAGCACACCGCGGCGUCAGCCGAGUCGUGGCGAUAUUCGGUGCUGGACGCCAUCAGGGCCAGGGAGUGCGCGCUGGGCGUCGACCCGGUCGAGGGGGCCAAGGUCGGCCGGCGCCAGGCGCGCGCUAGCUCCACCAGCUUCGAGGGCGUCGGGCGGGCGGCGAUCGGGGACUUCAGUGACUGGGGAGUCCUCUUCCAUUGCGAGUUCCAGCGCGAUGAGGACAUCGCAGUGCUGGAAGGGCCGCAGCCCGCCGACCUCAGCGGUCCUGGCGCGGCCGGGCUCGGGGACGCACUCCAUGACGACCCCUUCCCGCUCGGUGGGCUCGCGGGCCUCUUCGGCGGGCCGGGCGGUGGCGGCGCGGAUUCCGACAGAUCCUCGACUUCGAGUUCCGAGGUCCUCGGCGACGGGCAGUCCGAGGCCGAGGGGCUCGCGGUCUUGCAGAGCCUGAAGGUCGGCAGUGCAUGGCGGGUCUACUUCCAGAAGGAGUACCUGUACCUCGAUUUCCUGGUCUGGGAGGGCCACAACCACCACGAGGGGGACAAGGCCUUUGCAGCGCUGAAGCAUUACAACCCGGGGCUGGGGCUGAGUUCGGCGGCGGCGCUGGAGCGGACCACCUCCGGGCUUCGGGGCUUCCGCAAGCUCGCGAGGGGCUCGACCCAGGCCCCCAUGGCGAGGGGGCUGCUGUUCGCGGCCGUGGGCAUCGCUCUGCGCCGAGGUUGGCGCAGCUUCGCCGUCGCCCUGGCCCUCACCUGGGACGCGAUGAUUCGGCUGCCAAGCGAGCUCGUGGCGAUGACGCGGGCGACCUUGGUCGCGCCCGCUCCUCGGUCAGGUCGCGCUGUGCGGAGCCUCCUGCUGUGCCCAGAGGAGCUCAACAAGGUCAGCAAGACGCUGGGCUGCGACGAGGGCGUCGUCCUGUCGGACGAGAUGUCUUCCGCGCUCGGGUUCGAUCUGGCCAGGCUGUUUCGUGCUCGCGCGGACCGCCAGCCGCUCUGGGGCUUCGACGCGACGGCCUUCAACUCGAAGUUCAGGACGGUGUUCGACCAGCUGGGCCACCAGGACUGCCACCCGCACCAAGUGCGCCGCGGCGGGGCCUCGUUCCGCGCGGCGGUGCUGGGCGAGAAGCCGGCGGACAUCCAGGCCAUGCUGAGGCACCAGUCGGACAAUUCGGUGACGAAGAGGCACGCCCAGCACGCCAGGUACUCCGCGGAGGUAGGCAAGCUGAGCCACGAUGUCACGCAGUUCGGCCAGGAGGUGGACGCCAAGCUGGCCGACCUGCUGCGGGGCCAGGCGCCGCUGCCGCCGCCGCCGCGGGCUCGCGCGCCGCCCUCCGCUCUGGGCGGUGCUGGCGCGGCGGCGACACCGGUGGUGCGGCCGAGGCCUUGGCCGACGCUGCCGUGCGGCGGCGCUGGCGCGCCGCGCUGCGGGCGGCCCUCGCUGGCCCCCCGAGGUACCAAGUGCACCUGGACCUUCAGUGGCACUGGCAAGGUCGCGCGCUGGCUGGAGCAGAAGUCAGGCUACGCGGUCCUGCGGAUCGACGUGGCCGCCCAUCCCGCCUUCGACCUCUCGCGGCGUGUGUGCGGCGCCAUCGUGACAGGCUGGCUGAG